CGAAACCAUCGAAACGAAUGAUUUCGAUCCCUGUUUUACACUUUCACUCUGUUUGGCUGGUCCUCGUGUUUUAUUACCAUAGUCCUUAUUAGUAUCACAUUUCUCCCAUAUCUUCGCCACUGUAACUGCAGCGACACCAUUGUAUCCUUCAAAACCCACCAGCCCACACCCCCAGGCUUGUUUCUUUACGAGAUGAACACGGACUACUCAAGACAUGGACAUCGCUCGCCGUCAAACACGACUAGCGGUACAGUGUUGGGCGCAUUGGAAGGUCCAAGGCUUUGCGCUGAACCCGAGCAAAUAUUGCCAGACGAAGACUAUGCUUCCACAUCCUCCCACUCAUGUCCUCCACAUAAUGACCUACCUGCUACACAGACGACUUAUCAAGGGUCUUCAAAACCCAUUCCCAGCAUCACCAUGCUCUUAAGGUCCCUCAAAAACCCUCUAGGCCUAAACCUCGUUCUGGAGAACACUGGCAGUGUUGCUCGUGACCAUCUUGCCUCGGAGCGAACUUACCUAGCUUACGUCCGAACCAGUCUCGCUUGUGCCAGUGCAGGCGUUGCGCUUGUGCAGCUUUUCACCCUAUCUAAACCCACCAACGUUAAUAGUACUACUGGCCAACAUAGCAUGAACUUACAAAAGUAUGCUCAACCCCUCGGAGCUACCGUCGUUCUCCUCGGACUACUGAUUCUAUUACACGGCUUGUUUCGGUACUUUAUCACACAAGGCGCCCUCACACGGGGCAUCUUUCCUGCCGCACGGAUCUCCAUUGCGGCUAUAACAUUCGCACUCGGAUCCAUAGUUGGCAUUGUAUUUGGCAUUCUCAUUGCGGGCAGAUAGAAGAAGACAGCAAGUUCAUUGGAAGGAUACAAAUGCUAGUGUAAACUUUUCUUUAUUUUAUGUAUCGUUAGGGUUUAGAGAUCUGGUCUCUGUGGUUCUCUUGGAGGUUCUGAUUGCAUUUCGAUUCAUAGGCAUAGGCCUCCCGUGGACGAUAGGUUGGUCGCUAUCGGAGAGGCAAGUGUCACCACGGUGAAGAGGCAGCUGCUUGCAUAACGAUUUUCGUAACAUUCAAUUUUAACAUGGUUUAGACUCGAUUUUCGACUUUUCGAUAGUGGUGUUACAGAAGAUCUGAAAUAAUACAUAAUCGCAGUCAG